AUGUCUGCCAUCAAGUCCAUCCGCAGCAUCGCCCCCCUCCUCGACCGCAUCCUCGUCCAGCGCAUCAAGCCCGAGACCAAGACCGCAACCGGCAUCUUCCUGCCCGACAGCGCCGUCAAGGAGCUCAACGAAGCGAAGGUCCUCGCCGUCGGCCCCGGCGCAUUCGACAGGGAGGGAAAGCGCGUCGCCCCCAGCGUGCAGCCCGGCGACAAAGUUUUGAUCCCCCAGUUCGGCGGCUCGCCCCUCAAGGUCGGCGAGGACGAGUUCUCCCUCUUCCGUGACCACGAGCUCCUCGCCAAGAUCAACGAGUAG